UUUCCAUUAUUCACCCCGGUUGCCGUUCUCGGGUCUGAACAUAAGGGCACAAGGUUCCCAACAAUUCAUCAUCCACCAUUACCAACACCACACUAAGCUCCUUCCUCCGUUCCUGACAAAAUCAACCUACAUCCAGAACUCAAAAGUGCAUCUUCUUCGCCUGCCUCUUGUUUGGAACAACGCCUUCAAUUCCAAAUAGCAAAAUGAUGUUGAUGGGCAUGUUUCAUAGGUACAUAAAUUCUCUAAAUAACCCUUCAUUUUCAUCAUCCACCCAUCAUUAUUAUUGUCUCUUUAGAAAUAAAGUUCUGCCACAAAUUGAAACCACACUUCAAUCAUCAAGGUUUUCUGUUUUUCACUACUCCUCUACUUAUAGCCAAAUAAUACCAUUAUCAUAUGCUUCUAGUAAUCCCUUGAUUCAAUCUUCGUUUCCCAUGAACUCCUCUGUUGCAUAUCAUUUUUCCAUGCGCUGUUAUUGCUCGGAGACUGUCCCCGCGACCACGACCGCGACCACAACCACAGAUUUUGGUUCUGGUAUGAGUAAUGUUGUUCAGUUAGACAGUGAUGUUGAUAAGGUGUGUAAUACCAUGAUGGAUAACUUACAUGGAUUUAACAAUUUGGAGAAAGCUCUUGACCAAUUAGCCAUCCCAUUGUCCACCCCAUUGGUUACGGGGGUGCUGCAUAGGCUCCGAUAUGAUGAGAAAAUUGCAUUUAGGUUUUUCACAUGGGCUGGUAAUCAAGAAAAUUAUUCACAUGAGCCUUGUGCUUACAAUGAUAUGAUGGACAUUUUGUCGAGCACGAAGUACAAGGUGAAACAGUUUCGGAUAGUUUGUGAUAUGUUGGAUUAUAUGAAGAGGAAGAACAAGAGUACAGUUCCGGUUGAAGUUCUCAUGACCAUUUUGAGAAAAUAUACUGAGAAGUAUCUAACUCAUGUGCAGAAGUUUGCAAAGAAGAAGAGGAUAAGAGUGAAGACGCAACCGGAAAUAAAUGCAUUUAACUUGCUGUUGGAUGCACUUUGCAAGUGUUGCUUGGUUGAGUAUGCUGAAGGGCUAUAUAAGAAAAUGAGAAAGAUAAUCAACACUAAUGCAGAAACAUAUAAUAUAUUGGUUUUCGGGUGGUGUAGAGUUAGAAGCCCAACUAGAGGAAUGAAAUUGCUGGAAGAAAUGAUUCAACUGGGUCAUAGGCCUGACAAUUUCACAUAUAACACAGCCCUUGAUACCUACUGCAAAGCAGGAAUGAUUACAGAGGCAGUGGAUCUUUUUGAGUUCAUGAGGACAAAAGGUUCAACCAUAUCAUCUCCCACUGCCAAGACUUAUGCAAUUAUGAUUGUCACUCUUGCUCAAAAUGAUAGAAUGGAGGAAUGUUUUAAACUUAUGGGGUAUAUGAUCAGCAGUGGUUGUCUUCCUGAUGUCACAACAUACAAGGAUAUAAUUGAAGGAGUGUGUUUGUGUGGAAAGAUAGAUGAAGCUUACAAGUUCUUGGAAGAGAUGGGAAACAAAGGUUACCCACCUGAUAUUGUUACUUAUAAUUGUUUCCUCAGGGUCCUUUGUGACAAUAAAAAGUCUGAGGAAGCCCUUAAACUAUAUGGAAGAAUGAUUGAAUUGAGAUGUAUCCCUAGUGUCCAGACUUACAAUAUGCUGAUCUCAAUGUUUUUUGAGAUGGAUGAUCCUGAUGGGGCAUUUGAGACUUGGCAGGAAAUGGAAAAGAGGGGCUGCAAUCUGGACACUGACACAUAUUGCGUGAUGAUCGAGGGGCUAUUUAACUGCAAUAAAACAGAAGAAGCUUGUUCUCUUUUAGAAGAAGUGAUAAACAAGGGAAUAAAAUUGCCUUAUAAAAAGUUUGAUUCCUUUUUGAUCCAACUUUCAGAUCUUGGUGAUCUUCAUGCCAUUCAUAAGCUCUCAGAUCAUAUGAGGAAAUUCUAUAAUCCUGCCAUGGCAAGACGUUAUGCUAUAAGUCAGAAGCGUAAGAGCAUAAGUUUGAGAGAGAGGUAAUCCUGAGAAACUUCUCAGUUGAGUUUGUGCUACCUGUUUGGAAAAUAUGGGGUCACAUUUAGCAGGGUCCUUCUCAUGAUAGUUUAGACAAAUAUUUUCUGGAAGCAUGUUACAAUAUUCACUAUUUUAGAUACGUCCUUCAAGCUUUGCCUCUGCACCACAUAUUGGACUAUGAUGAUGACAACUAGUUGCAGCUUUGUCCAUGUCCUAGCAGUCUCUCCAAUCUGCUGCCAAUAUUUUUGGGUUGAGAAAUCUGAACGUCUUUGGGUUCUCCUGUUCUCAUAUUUAGAUCAUUAAGAGAAAUUGAGUAGUUGGCACAGCCUAAAGGGUGCAUGUAAGUUAAGAGGUUGUGAACUUUUUACAUGAUAGUAAACUUUGUUAUCUGGUCGAGAAUCUUAACUACUUCACCUCAAAUUAAUGCCAUUUAUGAGAUUAAUUUAGCAUUUUGAA